AUGCGCAACAUUGACACUACCAAGGGGGACGGAGUGGAGGAAUCAGCGGAAGAACGUCCGAACAUGAGCAAUCAGGGCUCGAAUAACACGCCUGUCCGAGUUCCAGCUACACCGUAUCUUGCCAAGCCGACCCUGUGGUUCGACUGCGGCGAAUUCCGCACGAAGAACGUCCGCUCUUGGCGUAAUCCAGAGCACGUUACUCCAGGCGAGGCACGGUUCAAAGUUCCUACCUGCUACCCGCGAACCAUGCUGCUCGGCUUCAACGAGCUCGACGUGAAUAUUCUCCGUCUCAAGGCAGAAGUCCGUAGUAUCGCAGACGACCGCGCAAUCGUCAAUAUGGUUGCAUGGGCGAACACCAAGCACCACGGAUCCGGGUGCUCGUGGUUGACACUGCCCGAGGACGACCCCGACAUCCAGUCGGGGAGAUACAACACCACGGAGGAUCAUCAUUGGUCCAGAUCCCAAACAAAAACCUCGCGCAGGAUAACCUUCACACACCCGUACGCCGCACCGCCUAAGGUCGUGGUAUGGCUCGAUGCCGUCGACAGUGGGCCCGGGCGCAACGUGCGUGUGACCGCUUGGGCGGACGCCGUCACGCCUGAUGGUUUCACGAUCCACCUCGACACCUGGCACGACUCGAACUUGUGGUCCGCGGGCGCGACGUGGCUUGCACACUCGGCCGAGCGCACGGAUGUGCGUAGUGGCGCGUUCGAGAUCGAGGACGUGCGCCCAUGGAGCGCGCCCCGCCACAACAACUGCGGGCGGGUGUCCUGGGGUGCGCCCGAGGUGGCAAGUCCGCCACGCGUGUUCACCGCGCUGAGGAUGCUCGAUUUUCAGGAUGGAAGGAACAUACGUCUCAGUAUGAGUACAAGCGAGGUCACCACAACGGGUAUGACCUGGCAUAUGAAUAGCUGGGAAGAUACAAUUUUUUACCGGGCUGGGGCCGUGUUUGUCACUUUCGAAGGCUAA